AAAUCCUCAAUUCUGAGGAACCAAGUCAACUUUUACAUAUAUAUAAUCUGGUGCGUUCAUUGCUCCAAUUAAAGUAAUGUCUGCCCACCGACAAUAUUUUUUUAGUGACCACCGACUCCAAAAAAGUACUAUUUCAUUGUUUCUCACUAUCUCCUAGCGAUUUGUUGGCUCUCGUUUUUCAUUUCACAUUUCUCUUUUACUUGUAUCGUCUACGCCUCCAUCCGCCUAUUUGCACAAUCUACGAACCGGUUUCGUAACAAUUUUACCAGCCCUAGUGGUUCAUUCCCAUCCGAUAACAAUCAAUUCUUAGAUAUUUAUUUGUCAUAUUCAUCUCUUUGGUAUUUACAAAAAAAAUGAAAUUGCAAUAUAUUCUCGCUUCAGUUGUCACCACAUUUCUUGCUGCCAGUACUGCUUAUGCGCACAUAUCUAUGCGCACCCCCUGUGUGCGCUACACGCCCUUCUGUGACAGUUGUCCUGAGCUUCCCGCAGGCCAGUCACUAGACGAGAACAUCAACGCGCCAAUUGGAACCCACGAGAGCAUUUCACAGCCGCUGUGCAAGUUUACCACCCCCUACGGCAGACCGGCUGCCCACUGGACCGCAGGAUCAACAAUUAAAGUUGAUUUUAACCCUCACUCUGCAGUUCACGGCGGCGGGCACUGUCAGUUUGCAUUAUCUUAUGACGGUGGCAAGACAUUUGUUGUCAUCCACGAUGAGCUCAAGUACUGCUUUACGGGCGGUCCGUCGAGUGGCAAUGUUGGGUCGCAACUUGAGUACAAUAUUGCGCUUCCGGCGGAUCUCCCCUCGAGUGACCGGGUGGUGUUUGCGUGGGCGUGGAAUAACGCCGCGGGGAAUCGCGAGUUUUACAUGAACUGUGCUGAUGUGGCUAUCCAUGGAAAGCAAGGCGGAGCGUAUACCGGCCCCCAGCUGCUUGUCGCUAACUACGGGCUCAACACACCUUAUAUUCCCGAGUUCAAUGGUGAUUAUACAACUGGGCUGGACCUUUACAAAGACAGACCAAUAAUUACUGUCACCGCAUCCGGCUACUAUGGAAACAGCUCUGCCUUGGUGACACCAGCUCUUGCAUCAGCACCAGUUUCAGCCCUAGUUUCAGCAGCACCUGUACCCCCUGCUGUUUACGAACAAAGUGGAGCUGGAUCCCCACCUGCCGGUACUACUGUGCAUGCCAAAGUGCUUGUAUCUUCAGCAUUAGCAUCUUCAGUCGCACUGCAUGCCCCUGGAGAUACUCGCGCAUAUGGUGCUGGCUUGCCCACAAUCACUUAUGCCCCCACUCACAACGCCCAAACUAUUAUUGGAAAUGUUAUUUCUUCUCAGCCAAUUGACCUUGUGUCAUUGGAGUACUUCACUGACAUUCCAAUCGUACAUUCUGUUCCUGCACCCACUGCUUCGAGCAGAUAUUUUACCGUCUAUGUGCCUCUUCCAACUACACCCGGCGGUUAUAAGUACUGUGAAAGCGCUGCUAUGGUUGCACCAAAGCCAGUAUCCAGUGCACCGCUGUACCAAACGCGUGCUGUUGCAGCUCUUGGGCCAACUGCGUAUACCAGCAGAAAGUGCAUAACCGGGAGUUGAUAAAAAAUGGGGUUUUCAUAUUGAACUUUUUGGGACUUUUUGUAUAGGAAUUUUUUUGUUUUGGAACUUUAUUUUGUGCAAAUUUUAGAAUACAUAUAGUUGGAUCGCA